AUUUACUGACCCCAAACCUUUGAAUGGUUGUGUAUGUUCAUGGCCAGUGCUGCAAAAUAAUUUUAGAUUAUUAGCAGCCGCUCGUUUGCUGCAAGCUCAUUAUUGUUUCUUAUUACAGAACAUUGUUUGUGCUAGCUAGUGGUAAACAGCAAUGCAACAAUUCAUACAUCCAAUUUGUUAGACUUGACUAGAAAUGUGCUAUUGUUCAUUUUUGCAAUUCACAUCACUUAGCAGCUAAGUUUAUUAAUGUUUAUUACUGCAUACAUACCUGCCUAUAUAAUACUAACUACCUACACUUUGCUUUUGUUUCUGUGAAGCCUAAUAUUUUGUCUUAGUAUGUGUCCUUUCUGCUUGUGUAAUCUGCAGGUGGAAGUGCUGAAAAAAGACCUAGAUCACCAGCAGAUAGAUAACCUGAUGUCUGACACGUUCUCCAAGCGCAGAAAGGAGAUCGUAGGGGAUCAACCUCUCAUUGGGGAUGUCAUGGCUAGAUGGCCGGCCAUGUUCUGUGAGAGACAGGUUCGGGCAGAGUUCAAAAGAGUCGUAAGCACAGACCUUCUCGAAUCGUUUCUCGACGGACUUGAUGACCUGGCACCAAGACUGCUGGAAGUGUACGAAGCUGCGACAAAGUCGGCAAAGAAGCCUGCACUGAAAGCCAUUUUGGACUGUCUGAAGAAAGACGACACAAACGAAAGGAGAAGGACUGCUGCUCUGCUGGGUCUGCCACACUACCUAAGAGAAGAGCCAUCAGACAUCAUCAGGAUGUGUGAUGCCCAUGGUGAGACUCUUGCUGAAGCCAUGGAGGGGGUGCAACUUGGCCUGUUGAUAGGCUACGAAGGUGACAACCAGGAUGCCUUUCCACAUGAGAUCUUCAAUGUGGCUGUUGUGGUUGAGGAGACUGUUGUGCUUCACAACUUCAAGGAUGUGCCAUCGAGCUUUGCCAUGCUUUUGGGGAUUAUCUACUGUGUGAACCUUGAGUAUCCACAAGCCAUGAAGUAUUCUUUUGAAUUCCUUCAGAGGGUAGUGAUGAAGAUCAAACCAGAUCAAGCUUCUGCCAGAGUCCACGGCAUUCGAAACAAGCUCCUGAGGUAUAAUUUGUAAACAAUGCUACACCUGAGAAUGGUUUGGAAUUCUUUUCUUUUUUUCUUCUUUUUCCAUUUGUUUCUGUUGAAAUGCAAGCCAAAGUUGAAGGCAAAAGCAAGCAAACAGGAGAGGAGCCCUGUUUUUUGUUGUUGUUGUUUUUUUUGGACUUGAUCCAUUUGCUUUUGUUGGACUGAAUAAAUUUAA